UCAGUUAAUGGAAGUACUCAAGUCAUUGACGGUUUCCGACGCCGGUGAAAAUCCUCGUUCGCAGUUAUCACAUCGAUCCAGUAAAUUGGAUCCAAGUGAAGUGAAACACAGUAGUAAUAAAGAGACAUUCACAAUAGAAGAUUUAAACAAACCGUUUGGGAAAGACAUUCCAAACCCUUUCAAUCUAAUUGAGAGGAAUAUACCGAAGGGUAGAAGAGAAUUGUUGCGUUCAGAAUGGGUAAAAAAUAUGGCCAGUUUAAGGUUUCAGACGUGGGGGUUGAAAGGUUAUUGGAGAGUUGAUGAUGACAAGGUCGAGAUGUUUGGCAGAUCAUCAGAGGAAACGGAGCAGUGUAUGCAUCUCCUGAAAGAGACAGUAUUGGAAAGGACGCUCAAACUGAGGAAAGGCUCUGAGUUUAUUGUUGAAUCUGAUAAAUGGCAGCUAAUUACUGGAAACCUGAAGAAGAAAUAUCCAGAUCAGGUUCAAUUUGAAGUCAAGCACGAAGACAGAGAAGUUGUAAUUUAUUCAACAUGUACAAUAAUUUUAAAAGACAGUUGUGAUGCUAUACGUAUUUUCCUGCGGGAUAACGAAAUGAAAAUGAUCAAACUUUGCUAUGACGAGCCAGUCAUUACCUUUAUUACGAAGAACAAAAGCAAAUUGAAGAAGAUUCGAAACUGUCUUUCACAGUAUUGCCUUGAAAUAUCACUUGUUGACAACACCAAACUCUUACUGAAAGGAAUCGGCUAUGGCGUAGGUCAGGCAUUAAAAAUGGUUCACGCAUUGGCAUCAAAGUAUGAUGCAAAACUAACAGAGGAAAAUAGGUUUGAUUCUGAUAAUGAAGAGGAAGACGACGUAGAACGAUUUUCCGACGAAGAGAAGGCUGAUUCAGAUAUUGCUGUUCAAAUGUAUCUGGAUGUCGGGAGUACGGAUGCAGUCCUAAGGGCGCUGUGUUUUCCAGGUGAUGAUAGACUGAUUUACGUUGUGGCAAGUGAUAUUACUGAUCUACCAGUCGAGGCUUUGGUUAAUGCAGCAGAUAAAACAUUGAAACACAAUGGAGGACUUGCAAAGGCUUUAGUAGAGAAAGGUGGACGCUCCAUACAGGAGGAAUGCACGUUUCACGUUCAAAGAAGUGGCAAUGUCCAGGUAGGACAGGUGUAUUGCUCAGACGCUGGAACCAUGUCUUGCUCUGUUAUAAUACAUGCAGUGGGUCCAAAAUGGACUGAUGGUAAAAGUAACGAGGAAGAGAAACUGUUUGAAUGUAUAACAAACUGCUUGAAGAGUGCUUCUAGACUAAAACUUGGCUCAGUGGCGUUCCCGGCAAUAAGUGCUGGUUCGUACAAAUUUCCUAUUAGGGAUGCAACACUCGUCAUUGUAAAGGCUGUGAAGGAGUUCCUACUACAGGAGCCACGCUGUAGUAUCAGAGACAUCUACCUUUGCGACAAAGCAUUAAGUACUGCUGACGUGUUCACAAUGGCCUUGAAAGAUUCAUUUGACAAUGAAGACAUUGUCGUAUCAGAUGCAAAGCAAAUAACUAAAACGUCAGAGCACGUCAAGUCAGAAUCCGAAAGAUAUGAUGUUCGCCAACUUUUGUUCAUUUGAAUACAUUGUUAUUUAUGGAUAGGGUAUCUUCAUACCUAUACUUUUGUGCUUCUAAUACUCACUCUGACUGACUCAUACCAACAACCGUGUAUGAAACACGCUGUGUGGUGCUUGUAUAAAUGUACAUUUCUUAAGAUGUUAUUAUAAAGACGUUUGCUUUUAAUUCAGUCUCUAAAACUGAUUUUCUGAUCAAGCCGCUUGCCUAUCCUUGCCACAUCGGACCCAGCAUGUAUCAAAAUCAUGAAAAUAUAGUAAAUGAGACAUGUUAGAAAAUUGUUGCGU